CUCAGCUCAUAAUUCCAUUGUUAAGCUUAUACAACUCCAUAUCCUGAGCUUAGAGUUCAAACUUAUAUAUAAAGCAAUAAAAGAUAACGACUCCCCCUAUAUAAAAACCCCUCAAAACAUAAUCAUCGUAGGAGCACAUGGCGACGAGCAAGGAAGACUUGAAAUAUGGAACGGCGCAAGCAAGGCUAAGAGAAGAUGACGCCACAAGGGUAGCAUACAAAGCCGGCACACCACUAGAAGGAGGCAAAAUAGCUGAGUCUGAGCCAGUAGACUUCUUCUCAGCUGCCCAUAAUAUUGACAAAGCUCAAUCUCAAGGUGCUGAUCAGCUUGGGUCCGCCCAGCCUCAGUCGAAGCGCGACGAAAAUGAAGCUGAUCAAGGUGGUGCUGGAACUCAUCCCAAUCCUUCUUCUAGGCGUUUGCCCAAGAAGCAAUAGAGCAUGAUCAUAAAUACUUUUUCAUUUUAGCUAUGUAAGACUUAUUUGGACUAGUUUUACGGCUUUACCCUAGUGAGUUUGGGUUGCAAACAGGUCAAGUUGUAGCUCGAAAGAAUAGAGUCAAGAUUUAACUUGUUUGGGUUGUUUGGGCUAUUCUUAAUAACAAUUAUACAAGUUAGAACCAGCUUUAAUUUAA